AUGGGUCAAGGUAUUCAAGAGAAAGUGUGGAGAGUCACAUGGCAUUUGCCAAUCAAGCCAAAGAUCAAAAACUUUAUAUGGAGGUGCUAUAAUAACUGCUUGAGUACAGCUGAUAAUCUGAGGCACAGAGGGAUUAAGGUGGAUGAAGUUUGCUGUUGGUGUGGAGAAAAAGAUGAAAACCUGGAACACCUAAUGUUUCAAUGUGACAGAGCAAAAAGGGUCUGGAAACUUGCAGGAUUGUUCUGGGAAGGGCUGCAGGUGGAAUCAAUUGACUUUAGGGCAUGGUGGAAUGAUAUUUGUCACUUGCAGAAGGGGGAUAACAGUCAGGACAGAGCCACUCUAUCCACCUACAUCAUGUGGUGGCUCUGGAAGACAAGAAACAACUGGUUAUUCAAUAAAGAACAAUGUGAGGAGAGGAUGCUAGUCAAAAGAGCUCAGAGUGAAUGGAUGGAAUAUGAAGACACCCAGGUUGGGAGGAAGAUAGAGAAGGGUACCACAAGUGAUAGUAAGAUAAACACCAAUUCUAAGGUGCAUCAAGGAGUAGGGGUGCAGAUUUCUGUAUCCAGUGCUAAUGAUGUCCAAAGGAUUGAGGAUCAUGGUACAGGGAGAGUUUGGAAAUCCAGUGAGAUGAUCAGAGGAGGGGAUGGCUCUAGGAACACUUGCAAGUGUUCAGUGGAAUCAAACCUUACUCAGCUAAGAAGUUGGCUACUGGAAUGUGAGGAAAGGGAAAAGCAGCAGGUGUUCAUAAAGGUGCAAGAUCCAAAUUUGAGGAAGUGGCUAAGGGACAGGGUGAUCUUUAAUGCUUCAUUUACAAUGCUGCUUGAAGAUAUUUUCCAAUUGUUAUCUGAAUUUCAGCUCUACUCUUUUGUGGACACUUUGUAA